GAGGUGGGUGUGUGGUUUGCCAGCGAAGAAGCAGAAGGAUCAAUGCUUUCUCUUUCUCUCACCUCAGGUCAAAGCUGGCACUCUGUAUGUGUGUAUUAAGGAAGCUUGGCAUUUUAAUGGUUGAUCAUUGUACACCAACCAAUAUGGCUGCCUCUUCUUCUGUCUCCUCUUCUGAAAAGAAACAUUGGUGGAUUAGCAACAGAAAGAUUGUUGACAAAUAUAUCAAAGAUGCUAAACUUCUUAUUGCAACACAAGAACCCAGCGAGAUUGCUUCCGCCGUUAACCUUCUCGACGCUGCACUUUCUCUGUCCCCUCGUUUUGAGUUAGCACUCGAGUUAAAAGCCCGAUCUUUACUCUAUCUCCGCCGAUUCAAGGACGUCGCCGCUAUGUUACAAGACUACAUUCCCAGCCUAAAACUUCCCGCCGAUGAAACAUCGUCCACGUCAUCCACUUCUUCUUCUGGUUCAUCCGAUAACUCAUCCUCACACCUCUCAAGAGAGCGAGUGAAGCUCCUUUCUUCGGGUCGGGACGAAACCAGUUUCAAAUGCUUCUCUGUUUCUGAUUUGAAGAAGAAAGUUAUGGCUGGUCUUUGCAACAACUGUGAUAAAGAAGGGCAAUGGAGGUACUUGGUAUUAGGUCAGGCUUGUUGCCAUUUGGGUCUAAUGGAAGACGCGAUGGUUCUUUUACAGACUGGUAAACGCAUCGCAACAGAUGCAUUCCGUCGCGAAAGCAUUUGCUGGUCUGACGAUAGUUUUUCGUUUACCAAAUUCCCAAUCUCCGGCGAACCGGGCACCAGAAAUAACCAGCCUCCGACUCCUCCUAAAACGGAGUCCGAGAGCAUUUCUCAACUGCUCAGUCACAUUAAGCUUUUGCUCCGUCGAAAGACGGCUGCAAUUGCUGCUCUUGAUGCAGGGCUUCAUUCAGAAGCUAUUAGACACUUCUCCAAGAUUGUAGAUGGUCGUCGUGGUGCUCCACAAGGGUUCUUAGCCGAAUGCUAUGUGCAUCGGGCCUCAGCAUAUAGAUCUUCUGGUCGAAUUGCUGAGGCAAUAGCUGAUUGUAAUCGGACACUAGCAUUAGACCCUUCUUGCAUUGAUGCUCUUAGGACUAGAGCUGCUUUAUUUGAAGCUAUUCGAUGCUUGCCAGAUAGUCUUCACGAUCUCGAGCACUUAAAACUCCUUUAUAAUUCGAUGCUACGUGAUAGGAAAUUACCUGGACCUAUAUGGAAGCGUCAAACCGUGCAGUACAGGGAAAUUCCAGGGAGGCUUUGUUCCUUGGGUGCUAAAAUGCAAGAGUUGAAGCAGAGAGUUGCUUCUGGUGAAACUGGGAAUGUAGAUUACUAUGCAUUGAUCAGUUUAAGGCGGGGUUGUUCAAGAUCAGAGUUGGAAAGAGCACAUCUACUGCUCACUUUAAGACAUAAGCCUGAUAAAUCAUCAAGCUUUGUUGAAAGGUGUGAAUUUGCGGAUGAAAAGGAUAUAGAUUCCGUUAGGGAUCGGGCAAAGAUGUCAUCUUUACUGUUGUAUAGAUUGAUCCAGAAAGGUUAUACAAGUUUAAUGACGACGAUCAUAGAUGAAGAAGCUGCUGAAAAGCAGAGAGCUAAGGCUGCAGCUGCGUUACAAGCAAUGCAGCAACAAGUUCAGCAAACUCAAGUACUUGAACAAUCUAGAGCUGAAACAGUCCGCAAUAAUGCAGCAUCAAGAAGAGCAUCAGAGGCUGCUGCUAAUACUACAUCAAGAGUAAUUUCGGAGGCCGCUCUUAAUACUACAUCAAGAGUAAUUUCGGAGGCUGCUGCUAAUACUACAUCAAGAGUAAUUUCGGAGGCUGCUGCUAAUCCUACAUCAUGUAACAACAGGGCAGAAAACAAGGUGGUGUCAAGUUCAACAAAUGCAUCAGCAUUUCAAGGGGUGUUCUGCAGAGACCUUGCUAUUGUUGGGAAUUUAUUGUCUCAAGCUGGAACUGGGUUUAAUCGCCCAAUUCCUAUGAAAUAUGAGGCAUUGAGCUGCUAAAUGUUAAGGAUUUAUCGUUAAAAAUCGGAAGGAGAUUUAGCUUGGACAAUGUUAAUACUAUCGGCGCUGGAGAAGAAUCUGAAUUUAGUCCAAUAUCUUUGUACAAAGGAUAAAAAUAUGGGUUACUAUUGGCAGCCGGGAAAAUUUUGUUACUUUAUCUUUUAAUCUAUUUUCUCUAUUAUUCUCUCUUUACUUGUUAUAUUUUUGUUUUUUUGUUGUCAACUUUUGGUCGCUUUUGCACUACAUGUACAGAGUUAAAUUUAUCUACCGGUAUCCUUUCUCUUAUA